AUCCGUUUGCUUUAAAUACUGAAGCCAUUAUAGUGAGCUGUUCAUUCAGCAGUAGCCAUAAAUAAGUUGUUUUACCGAUCAUCUCUCUGAAAGAGACGAUCAAUCGUGUACCAUUGUCGGUUAAUGGGUUGCAAAUCUUCCGAUAAGCCAAAGCAUACGAAGGGCUUGUGGUCACCGGAAGAAGAUCGAAAGCUCAAAGCCUAUGUCCUCAAAUAUGGUCAUAGCUGUUGGACCUCCGUCCCCAUUAACGCCGGGUUGCAUAGAAACGGGAAGAGUUGCAGAUUAAGGUGGAUAAAUUACUUAAGACCAGGUUUAAAACGAGGAAUGUUUUCCCUUCAGGAAGAACAAAAAAUCCUCAACCUCCAUGGCUUGUUAGGCAACAAAUGGUCUCAAAUAGCACAGCAUUUGGCUGGGAGAACAGACAAUGAGAUAAAGAACUACUGGCAUUCAUAUCUGAAGAAAAAGAAAGCAACUUCAGACAAUACAAACACUAAUAAUAUUGACUCCUCAGCUUCUCCUUCACCAACAAUCCAAACUCCAAGUUUUGAUUCAUUUCUCAACGUCCAAAAAUCGCCAACUCGUUCGGAUCAAUCCUCUGACUCUCCUAAUAAUAGACCAACCUCAUUUCCUAAGAUUAUGUUUGCAGAAUGGCUUUCGCUCGGUAGCUUUUCGAAUUCGAAAGCUUGCAGCAUUGAUUAUGAUCCCUGUCGCUUCCAGGAAAGUUUGAUGCAAAGCUAUACAUCGAAUGAUCAAUCGUUUUAUAAUAAUUCGCGGAGGGAUGGGUCAGAAUCAAUCGCUACUGAUGAUCAUAUGUUCAAUUCGCAGUUCAAAUUCGAAUUUCAGACUUCAGGAAAUGAAUUGGUUGACUUCAGCUGUGGAGAUGAUAUAAUAUAUAUAUAGCAACUUCAAUAAAUAUGAAAAACGAUGCCUUGUACAUACGAGGGAAUAUAUACAUUUCAAUAACUCCUCCAAGGAUGAUUAUUUUUAAUGGAUAAAUUACAUUAGUGGUGUCUUCAUUUUUC